AAUAUUGUUACUGAUGUCUGUCCUGCAGGUAAUGAUCUCUUUUCUGAACAGUUUGUAAUGGUACACUUGAUAAAUAUGUACCCUGCAAACCUUUUUAGUACAAAAAAGUGUUUCAGCCCUUGGUUUUUUUCUCAAUAAUUUCCAGAGAUCUUAUUGCUAGAGACAUCGGUUAAACUUAUCAACGAACUCAUCAAACAAGUGCCUUAGUUUACUUUUUUGAGUGCAGACUGAAAUCCACUACUGAAGUCCGCACUAAUAUCAGAAUUAAAAGUGUAUUGAAAGCCUUUGUUUUUUUCCUAAUGAAUACUGAGGGUAUGAGGAAGCUUCAUUGGGGCGUUCUAUCUUGUUGAUCAAACAUUCCUUGUUUUGAUUGCAUCCUUGCAAAACCGUUUGUGUACACUGUCAAAUCUGAAGGAAUAACGAAGUAAACUAGAGCUGGUGCAUGACUUUGGCAGGAUGUCUGCAAAGAAAGGGAAUAUAAAGAUCGCGAACUACACUGACUGGAUGUCACAACUACCAUCUGAACUUUGGACAAUUCCUCUCUUCAAACUAGCCAUACCAGGAAGCCAUGACUCUGUGAGUUAUGAUUUGGAUGCCAGCUCUGCUAUUAUAGAGCCUGACAAUCUAAAACGAUUCAGCUGGAUUUAUUGCUUACGCAGAAUAGUACGAACAUGGGGAAUGACCCAGGAAUACAACAUCACAAUGCAACUGGAAGCAGGAGUUCGCUACUUUGACUUGAGGAUCGCUCGCAAACGUAAUGACCACCAUCCCACUAGGCUUUACUUUUACCAUGGGCUGUACACAAGCACUGAUGUUGAGGUAAUAAUAAGCAUAUCAUGUAAAAGUACAAGACUCCUGUCUGUAUGUAUAUGUAUCAGGAGUUUCCCUGCUGUGGACAGAAAAAAAAUAUCUAAUUUUUUUGAUAUAAAAAUAACUGAACUUUUAGCAGAUUUUUUUUUUUAACUCAAGAAGACCUUUACUAAGCUUUAGGCAAGACCUGUUUUAAAACUAGUUCAAGUUUUAAAAUAUGACCAAAGGUAAACACAGGUGUUACUGAUUUCCUUUAUGAAGUGUCUGUUCUAUUUUGGUAAUUAGCCUUAGUUAAUGUGAUUUAUAACACAUGUGCUCACUUACUGUGUCAUGAAGGAACCCUAUAAAGAAGAUUUCUUUAUCUAAUGCCAGCUAAUUUUCCCAUUGAGUUCAGACUGUUCUCAGGGAAAUACAUGCCUGGACAGUGGCCCAUCCAAAAGAAGUCAUCAUCCUGGCUUUUUCAAACUUCAAUGGUUUUGAGAAAAACAUUAAAGAUAAACUUCACAACCAUCUUAUCGGCUUCAUUAAGACCAUGUUUGGAAGCAAACUCGUCCCCCCGGGCAUCCCCACACUGCAGAACUGCUGGGACCAAGGCAAAAAUGUCAUAGUUUCAUAUGACUAUCCAGCAAACUACCAUCCUGAAAUGUGGAAAAAAAUAACUUAUUACUACGCCAAUAGCAUGGACCGUGCACAAGUUAAAUCAAAAAUAUCUGAAGCCUUGGGAAAGGAAAAGACUUCCAAUUAUUUCUUUGUAUGUGGUUUGAACAUGACUCUUCCAGCAGAUCAUAGGAUACUCAUCUACAUCCUUCGUCUCUGCGACAGUUUCCCCAACGUUAUUAGGAGGGGUCUGCCUAAGCUCCUGAAAUGGCUGAAGCAGCAAUCAGGUGUGAACAUCGUUGCCUCAGACUUGGCAACUCGCAAGGACUUUGUGUCAACAGUUGUUGAGCUCAAUUCUGCACUAAUGAAACCAUAACUGAAAAAGUAUUGUAUCUCUUUAGUUUGAAUAUGACGGUGUGUGUGUGUUUUAUUCUUUAAACCAUAGAUAACUCAUCGGUUCAUUGAAAAGAUAUAAAUAUUGUACAGUUACUAGAGGCUUACCGGUAAAUAUUUUGCUUGUACAUAAGUAUUGUAUUGCUUUUUUAAAUAAACAAUAAAUUGUUUUUAAAUUUUUAUUUAAUGUGUCAAAUACAAAAACAAAUACAUUUUGUGUUGUAUAAAUUCAAGACUAAUAACAAUUAAUAAAAUAAAAAAUGUGUAGAAAAAUAAGCAUAUGAACAGGGUGUAAUAUUAAAUUAUAAGCCACAUACACAAGGAGGUAGGAAAAAAGUGCAGAUAUAUUUUAUCUCACAUAUCCAAUGCAAUGCGAAGAUGGUUUAUAAUAUAUUAGAAUUUGUGUUUUAUUUCCUUUAGGUAAUGUAAAGAUUUUAUAUUUAAUUUAAAUUCGUUUACGAAAAUAACAAACUUGGGAGAAGACGUUACUGCACAGUUUGUCAUUUUUAUUUUGUAUCACCAUCAAAUACAUUAUCUCCUGUGAUCCCCACUCCUGCUUUGUUGUCGCGCCUCCAUCUGUCAAGUGAGGGUAUUGCAAAAAAAAAAGUGUUUAACUCAUGCCUGGAAGUUUUGACUGCUGUCUCUUCACAAACUAGCUAACGUUAGCUUGCUAAAGUGACACACUUGGUGGAUUAGGAUGUUAAGACUAGCAUGGCGUCGGUCGGCGUCCAAACAUAGCCGCGCGGGACCUACAUGCGUGUUAACUGCAGCUUAUUCGGGAGCGUAUAGUCCACAGCAGAAAUCACAGGGUGACUUUAGGUGUUUCAGACAAAUUCCCCACCCACCAAGCGACAGGUCACCGUUCCUCCAUCCCCGGGCGGCCUGCUACCUCAGUCCAUCUGUCUUCAUGAGUAUGGCCUCAGGGAGUGAAGGGCCAUCAUCCACUUCUCACAAACACUCCAACAGGUUAGCUAAGGAGAGGUCACCAUACCUGCUACAACAUGCGCACAACCCUGUCGACUGGUAUCCAUGGGGGAAGGAUGCUUUUGACAAAGCAAAGAAUGAAGACAAACCCAUCUUUUUAUCGGUGGGCUAUUCCACAUGCCAUUGGUGCCAUGUUAUGGAGAGGGAGUCCUUCGAGGAUGAGGAAAUUGGCAAAAUCCUUAGUGAAAACUUCGUCUGCAUCAAGCUAGACAGAGAAGAGAGGCCUGAUGUGGAUAAGGUCUACAUGACCUUUGUGCAGGCAACAAGUGGAGGUGGUGGUUGGCCUAUGAGUGUGUGGUUGACUCCUGAACUUCGACCUUUCAUUGGAGGCACCUACUUCCCUCCCAGAGACCGUGGAGGUAGACCUGGGUUCAAGACGGUCCUCACCAGAAUCAUAGAUCAGUGGCAGAAUAAUCGUCCUGCUUUGGAGUCCAGUGGGGAGAGGAUCAUUGAGGCCCUGAAAAAAGGCACAACCAUCACUGCAAACGCAGGCCAAAGUCCUCCACUGGCUCCAGACGUGGCUAAUCGCUGCUUCCAGCAGCUCGCCCAUUCCUAUGAGGAAGAGUAUGGAGGCUUUAGAGACGCUCCAAAGUUCCCCUCACCAGUGAAUCUGAUGUUCCUCAUGUCCUAUUGGACUGUGAAUCGCUCCACAUCGGAAGGGGUCGAGGCUCUCCAGAUGGCCUUGCACACGCUUCGCAUGAUGGCACUGGGAGGCAUCCAUGACCACAUUGCACAGGGUUUUCAUCGUUACUCCACAGACUCCUCCUGGCAUGUUCCUCACUUUGAGAAGAUGUUGUACGACCAGGCUCAGCUGGCUGUUGCCUACAUAACAGCUUCCCAGGUUUCAGGUGAGCAGUUUUUUGCAGAAGUGGCUAAGGAUGUAUUGCUUUACGUCUCCAGAGACCUGAGCGACAAGUCUGGGGGCUUCUACAGUGCAGAGGAUGCAGACUCUGUCCCGGCUUCGGGGGGACCAGAAAAGCGAGAGGGGGCUUUCUGCGUGUGGACAGCCUCUGAAGUUCGGGAGCUCUUACCAGACGUGGUGGAGGGCACCGCUGGUAAUGCUACGCUGGCUGACAUCUUUAUGCAUCACUAUGGGGUCAAAGAGCAAGGCAAUGUUGCUCCAGAACAGGACCCCCACGGGGAGCUGCAGGGCCAGAAUGUGCUGAUCGUGCGUUAUUCAGUCGAGUUAACAGCUGCUCGCUUUGGCAUCACUGUCGAGAAAGUCAAUGAGCUCCUGGCCUCCGCCAGAGCCAAAAUGGCCGUAGUGAGAAAGAGUCGGCCACGCCCUCAUCUGGACACCAAGAUGUUGGCCUCCUGGAAUGGCCUGAUGCUGUCGGCCUACGCUCGCGUCGGAGCUGUGCUGGGAGACAAGGACUUGGUGGAGAGAGCAGUGAAGGCUGGGGGUUUCCUAAAGGAGCACCUGUGGGACGCUAAGCAGCAGACCAUCCUUCGAUCUUGUUACCGUGGAGACCAGAUGGAGGUGCAACAGAUAUCUCCGUCUAUCUCUGGCUUCCUGGAUGACUAUGCCUUCAUCAUAUGUGGUUUGCUGGACCUGUACGAGGCCACGCUACAAACAGAGUGGCUGCAGUGGGCUGAGGAGCUGCAGCUGAGGCAGGACGUGUUGUUCUGGGAUGAUCAGGGCGGAGGCUACUUCUGCAGUGAUCCCACUGACAGCACAGUACUGCUGCAGCUGAAAGAGGAUCAGGAUGGAGCUGAGCCCAGUGCUAACUCAGUCUCAGCGUUCAACCUCCUUCGUCUGUCCCACUACACUGGAAGACAGGAGUGGCUCCAGAAGUCCCAGCAGCUACUGACGGCAUUCUCUGACCGUCUGACCACAGUUCCCAUAGCCUUGCCUGAAAUGGUGCGAGCUCUUAUGGCCCAGCACUACACACUUAAACAGAUUGUGAUCUGUGGCCAGAGGGAUGCUCCAGAUACCACAAGUCUCCUAGCAGCAGUCAAGUCCCUCUUCCUCCCGUAUAAGGUCUUGAUGCUCGCUGAUGGGGACACGGAGAGUUUCCUGUGCCAGCGCCUGCCCAUCCUCUCCUCCAUGUCGCAGCUGCGCGGUGUAGCCACAGCCUACGUCUGUCAGGACUUCACGUGCUCUCUGCCCGUCACCGACCCACAGGAGCUCCGCCGGUUACUCCUGGACGGAACUACAGACACGCAGAUAGAAUGACAGCUGAAUAAACUGACCGAGCAUGUUAUCCUCAAAAACUGCUCUUCUAAGACCUGCAGCUCAAGCCUAGUUCUUUUUUUGUUGGAUGUGGCUAGUGAGUCCGGCUUUGCCAUCACUGGAUGGCGGUGCUUUAGCAGCUGAUGUUGGUAGGGGUAGGGCUAAGGUACCUUGAGGGUGUCGUCCUGCUAGCCAUUCCACAUCUGUUACUCCAGCCUGUUCUUUAUCAGCAAUACCAGGUAUUACCUCAAAUAUCAGCUCCAGGUUUUAAUUCAAAUCAAUGUGUAGAAAUGCUUAGAUGAGCUAAGCAACAGUGGCAAUCUGAAAAACCUGUAGCAACUUUGCAAAAAGUUGUAGCUUUACCGUUACCCCAGAAGAUCCCUAAUAGAGGAUAAGCUGAGAGCCCUUUAAAUGAACUGGGCCAAUAACAUUUUGCAGAGGGACCUCUCCGGCAUGCGUUCCAGCUCCUGUGUUCACGACACACGGAUUUGACAGAGGAGACCUGCCUGGCGGCGGUUGAUUUGUGUGUAACCGUGUAAAUACAUUUUUAAAACCAUUGCAUAUGAUGCUUUUAUCUGUGAGGAGCGAGUCUACUGAAACUGUUGCACAAAAGAUCCGCCUUGUGAAUGUUGUCUUUACCUUUAGACAUCAUAAAAAAACAGAGCAUGUAUAUUCACAACCCCCGAAUAAUAAAUCUAUUUCUCCUACAA